AUGUACCUCUUCUUGGGGUCUCGAUCGGCUCCAUGGAGUCUGGGUAUUGGACUGUAUGGAGGAACAUGUUAUGAAAUCACAACCAUUGCUGGGUACUACAAGUUCCGUAGAUGUUGCGUUCGCCAGAGCCUAGAACUUUUCAUCCAGUCUUUGGGUUUGGGACAACCUUAUCGUGUCAGAAGCUGCAUUCAGCUUCAUGAUUCGCCGGAAGCCUCCAGCUUGACAACGUCUCGGUUGGUGUUGCUAGCCCCCCCACCUCUUUCUCACCCGUCAGCCGUCUGUGUGCCCGCCUCCAACGUCAUCCUUGCUUCUGCCACGCCUGCGUCUAGAACGUUUUUACUUCUCCCUCGUUGCAUCCUCUCGAGUGCCAUGUCUUGGUUUCCGCCGCCCCGCCACCUUGUCUCACGGCACAAAGCUACAUACAUCAUCACGCUCGCGGCAACAAGGAAAAAAGAAGACAGGGACAGGGCUCUAUUGUCUGUUACGAUUGCUUGCCAUUCUCUAACCUCGGUCGUCCAAUGGGAAGGCCACGCAGGAGGUGCUGCACGCCCACGUUCUGGCGUCGCUUCUUCAUCUGCCAUUUGGACGGUACCUUUCUUGCCCAAUAAUAACCUUUUUCCAUCUGGAUGCAACAGCGAGCCCUCAACUCCAACUACUCCAAACUCCAAAUUCCUCGCUGUAGACUUCACGUCAUUCAAAGGUUCCAGCACCCUGACCGCUGGGUCGCUGUAUUCCUACCUUGCUCGCCCUCCAAUUCUUGCAGUCAAGCGUCUACGACCCAGGCCCAGCAAUCGUCGAGUCAGCAGCCGCCCCUCCAAUACCUUCCAUCUGAUCAAUAGUGCACGCUCGGCUACCGCUACCAAUCCUGCUUCCCCUGCCACUGCCGCCGCGCCUGCUUCUCCCCUCAACCCUCACUCUUCUCAAACUUCGUCAUCCUCUUCCCAUUCGACCGUAAACUCCUCUGCUCCUACCGACGUUCCUCUGCGAUCGAGGCCCGGACGCUCCGUCUCGCAUUCCCUCAAUCUAUCCUCUUCUGCCAGCAGGAAGAGCCGACAUGCCGAGCCUGGAACCACCGACGCCCACUCUGCCUCUGCUAGCCUUUCCAUGCCCCCGCCCUCUUCGAUUCCUCUAAAGAGCCCGAGAACUUCUCUCUGCCGCACCCGCCGAGAAUCCAAUAAUUCGCUCGAAGCCUGGAGCGAUUCCGCCUUGCAGUUUGCCGACGUCGACGAGGUCGACAAUACCCCACGCCUCAUGUCUGGGUCUAGCCAGCAAGAUUCCACCACCGCCCCAUAUCGCCCCCUCCCCGAACCCGCCCUCACCUCCCGAUCAUCUUUUUCUUCCGAGUCCGACCUCAAGGACAAGCGCACAUCCGUCUCCAGCAUCUUUUCUGUCUACUCCCUGGCCUCGGCUCGCGGCGCCGCCCCAACUUCCGUCCCCGCCACCCAAUCCUCUGCUGCUUCGACAAACGGCUCCGACGGUGGCCCUUCGCGCUCCGUUUCCGGCAUCAUGUCGUCAGGAAAACCAGUCACGAAUGCCUCGCAACCCGGCGCCGAGCUCUCCAACGUUACUGUAACUACCUCUUCGAAUGGUCAAAAUACCAAUGCCGCCCCGGGUGGUCAUCACCUGGCGCCGCGCGAGACCAAUACCCAUACGCACCACGAAGUAAUCAAACGGCCUCCUCGUCCCGCCCAGCCAACGCGAUCCCGCAGCCGCAACAAGCGCAGGUUCAGCGGAAGCACUGGUGCAAGCAGCCAUAGCCCCAGCAGCGAUCGAGGACCCUACCACAACAAGGAGAAAGAAGAGGGUCAGUCAAGAGAUACAAGCGCGCCUCGACAACGUGUACCGACAAGCUCUAAUGCGCCUGCAGUCAAGCCAGCGCCUUGGGGUGUUAUUGGAGUUUGCGCUUUGGAUGUCAAGGCCCGCAGCAAGCCUAGCAGGAACAUUCUGAACCGACUCAUUGCUAAUCGCGAGUUCGAUGUCGUUGUGUUUGGUGACAAGGUCAUUUUGGACGAAGAGGUCGAGAAUUGGCCCAUGUGCCAAAACAGUAUAGCCUCUUCCUGCAUCACCAAUCCUUCAACCCAUGCACAAGACAUCUCCCAUCUCUCACAGAUCCCCAACCAGUCACAGGCAUCCUUUCAACUCUACUCCCUAUUCAUCUAUAGUCGCCGAGGCCAUUACGAAAGUGGGUUUCUUGCUGAUUAUCUCAUCUCAUUCUAUUCGGAUGGCUUCCCCCUGGAUAAGGCAAUUGCCUACGUCAAGGCGAGAAAACCGUUCUGCGUCAACGAUGUGCCGAUGCAGAAGAUUCUUUGGGAUCGUCGUCUAUGCCUCAACAUCUUGGACGGAAUUGGCGUGGCUACGCCGAAACGCAUCGAGGUGAACCGUGAUGGCGGACCUAAGCUUUUGACCGCAGACACUGCAAAGCAUAUCAAGGAGAUUACUGGUAUAACCUUGGACGCCGAGGAUCUGGGCUACAAUAGGCUUCCCCGCAAGGUCGAGCUUCUCGACGACGGCGACAUUCUCAGCGUCGACGGCGCUCUGCUCAAGAAACCCUUUGUCGAGAAGCCUGUCAGCGGUGAAGAUCACAACAUCAUCAUCUACUUCCCCAAGUCCACCGGUGGUGGUGCUCGCCGGCUGUUUCGCAAAAUUGGCAACAAGAGCUCCGAGUAUGAUCCCGACUUGAACAUUCCUCGCGCUAUUCUGGAGCCAGAGAAUAGUUACAUUUACGAAAAGUUCAUGAGAGUUGACAAUGCUGAGGAUGUCAAAGCCUACACUGUGGGACCCAACUACUGCCACGCAGAGACUCGGAAAUCUCCAGUUGUCGACGGUGUCGUCAGACGAAACACGCACGGCAAGGAGCUGCGCUAUGUCACGGCAUUGGAGCCUGAAGAGAAGGAAAUUGCGAGCAAGAUUUCAACCUCUUUCGGCCAAAGAGUUUGCGGCUUCGACUUCCUGCGGGCCGGCGGCAAGAGCUAUGUCAUCGACGUUAAUGGUUGGAGCUUCGUCAAGGAUAACGACGAUUACUAUGACCACUGCGCCAACAUUCUCAAGGAUGUCUUUGUCAAGGAGAGGCUUCGCAGAGGCGGCGUCACCUCUCCCGUACCAUCACCUUCUCCCUCGGAUAUGACUGAUCCAUUGGCAUCGCGCGGAAAGGAGAAGGAGGCUUCGCAACCUAUCCCUGUGCCACCGGCGCAGAACAAGUCCGUGACCAACGUGUCGGCCGUUUCUGAGAAGCUACCCCAGGAGCCGAAGCCCAUACCAGCGAGUGCACCGCCUCAAAAGUCGGAGAGUGCACUCCCCUCUGCUGUCACCAGUUCGUGUACCAGCCCUACUCUUCCUCCUCCACCUCCGCUGGUAGAUCCUGCAGUGGCGAGCGUCCCUUCCACCGUGGGAACGGGGUCAGCGACUCCAUCCGCCGCGCCUUCGCUGCAAGGGGAGGGCACUGCGCCUCCUGCAGAGGAGGCUCCAGUGCCGCCGCCGCCACCGAAGCACUCUUGGAAACUCAAGGGCAUCGUGUCCGUCAUUCGACAUGCUGAUCGAACUCCGAAGCAAAAGUACAAGUUCACUUUCCAUACAGCGCCCUUUAUUGAAUUACUCAAGGGUCAUCAGGAAGAGGUGCUCCUCAUAGGAGAGGCCGCUCUGGCCAGCGUACUGCAAGCCGUAGAUGUCGCGUUGAGAGCUGGCGUAGAAGACCGCGCCAAGUUGAAAUCGCUGCGUAAUGUCCUCGUGAAGAAGGGCGGAUGGGCUGGCACCAAGGUCCAAAUUAAGCCAAUGUUCCGAAAGAAGAAGACGGAAGAGGUCGCAGUUUCGUCAGGCGACGAGCUUUCACAAGUCUUGAAAGAAGGCGUCGAAACGGACUUCGCAGAGAAGACUGAUGAUGGUGCCGCAAAGACGGAAAACUCUUCACCGUCCAGGAUGCCACCCAAGAGGCACGACUCACUUUCUGGUAUGACCAUGUCCCGCAUCACAGCAGCGGAGGAAAGCUUGGUCCUAGAGAAGCUUCAGCUCAUUGUGAAAUGGGGAGGUGAGCCAACACAUUCGGCACGCUAUCAGGCCCAGGAACUGGGUGAGAACAUGAGAAACGAUUUCAAUCUGCUUAACCGAGAUGUCCUUGACGAGGUUCACGUUUUCAGCAGUUCUGAACGUCGCGUUACCACCAGUGCGCAAAUUUGGGCUUCUGCUUUCCUGGAUCGCAAAGAUCUCCCCGAGGACUUCAUCACUAUCCGCAAGGAUUUGCUCGACGACUCCAACGCUGCCAAGGACGAGAUGGACAAGGUGAAGAAGAAGUUGAAGGGUCUUCUUCGCAAGGGUAACGAGCGACCUUCCCAAUUCGCUUGGCCGGAGAAAAUGCCCGAGCCUUCAGAGGUUCAGACGCGCGUUGUUCAACUCAUGAACUUCCAUCGUCGCGUAAUGCACUACAACUACAGCAAGCUGCACAACGGUAGUGCCGUUGCUUCUUUGAAUAAUGCCAUUGCCAACCCGGGUUCCGAGAAACCCACAAGUGCCGAGGCAUCAGGCUCGACAAGCUCCAUGUCCUCCUCACUGUCUCAGGCGAAUGCGGUGAGCAACAUUCAACCCAGAUGGUGUUGUGGCGAGGAUGCCGAGCUCUUCAGGGAACGCUGGGAAAAGCUUUUCGCGGAGUUUUGUGACGGAGAAAAGGUCGAUCCAAGCAAGAUCUCCGAGCUUUACGACACGAUGAAGUUCGAUGCUCUGCAUAACCGGCAGUUCUUGGAAUGGGUAUUCACACCGCCCAAAGCCAUGCUGGAGGAGGAGUACGGUAUCAAGGACAAGGAAAAGGACAAGGACAGCAAGGACGGUAGCAAAGAGGCGAAGACUGCCGAGAAAACAUCCGAUGAGGGGAAGUCGUCGCAGGACUCCCGCGAGGAACGACGGGAUUUCUCGGGAUCUAGCGAUAAGGCAGACAAGAGCGAAGCCAGCAAGAGCUCAACAUCCGUCAGACGCAUCUUCCGACGGCGGUCGUUCCUCAACGGUCUCCGACACGUCGAGGCAGCCCCGCCUGAACAGUACUUUCACCUCUACAAGAGCAACACUCAGACCAAGGCAAAGACCGAUGCCAGGUUUGAGCCGUUGCGGGAAUUGUACCAGCUUGCCAAGGUUCUAUUCGACUUCAUCUGCCCUCAAGAGUACGGUAUCUCUGAUGGGGAGAAGCUGGAGAUUGGUCUUCUGACAUCGUUGCCGCUGCUCAAGGAGAUUGUUCAGGAUCUUGAGGAGAUGCAAGCAUCGAACGAUGCCAAAUCCUUCUUUUACUUUACCAAAGAGUCUCACAUUUACACCCUGCUCAACUGCAUCCUUGAAGGAGGGAUCGAGACGAAGAUCAAGAGAAGCACUAUUCCCGAGCUUGACUAUCUUUCGCAGAUCUGCUUCGAGCUGUAUGAAUCGGAGACCAAGGCCCCUGCCGCCACACCCGACGGGGGCGAGGAGCAGACAUUUGCCUACAGCAUCAGAAUCACCAUUAGCCCCGGAUGCCACGUCUUCGACCCGCUAGAUGUCCAAUUGGACAGCAAGCAUUGCAUCAGCUGCGCUCCGCGACGCAGUCUGACCCCUCACGGCGAUUGGAUGCAAGUGAUCCGCACUCUGAGGGCUAAGUUCAACCAAGUCAAACUUCCCAAGACGUUCCUCGCUGUGAACUUGUCAGAUCUCUUUUCUGUCGAGGACCAUGAACGACGGGAUAGUGACAGCGAGGGGCUCGAAAUGAAGGGAUUGCAUCCUAAGCCCAAGGUAUCAGAGCAGCAAACCACUGCCCACUCAGAAACCGAGAGCGGAACAGGAAAGGAGGAGCUUGUCUCAGCGGGCCAGGCUCUUGCUUCAGCCUCGUCGGUCGUCAUGGAUGAUGAGGAGCCCGUUAGCCCGAGAACCAAGCCUGACGCUUCAACCGAGACAAUCUCCCAGGUGGCAGCAGACUCUGCCGAGUGA